AUGAAUAAUCAAUACUUAAACCAACUAAAUUCAAUAUAAAAAUAAAGUCUUUUUCAGUUAUAUUCUUCUAUUUUUGUUAGUUUCUUUUGUCUUUUAAGCGUAAUUCCAGGUUAUAAGCUCAUUAAAAUAAAACAAUAAAAAUUUUUAAAACUAUUUGCAACUUUUGAUAGAUAAAAUCUUUAGGAAAUUUUAUCAGGAUUAACUUAUUAGCUUUCAUUUUGCAAAGGGUUUGAUGAUAAAAAUAGGCUAUUAGAAUCAAAAUCAAGUCUAUAAAGUUAUGUAAACUAAAAGGAUUUAAAUCAAUAAGCAUUUAUUGUUCCGGUAAAUAUAGAGAAAAAGUUAAAUAUUAGUAGAACUUCUACUUUAAAUUACUCAUUAAAAUACUUAAUAUUAGGAUUAAUAUGCAUUUUCUGUUUGAUUUCAAUUUACCCUUUAAUAAGUUAUGUACUAAUUGAUAAUUUCAUAGAAAACUCAUAACUAAUAUUCGACUUUAACAGUAAAAAUAAUUAUUUUAUUUCAAAUAUUUAAUAUUUAUUUUAAAAUCAUUAAAAAGAUGUAGUUUGCCAAUCCUACUUCUUUAUUUUAAAUUCCAUCAGAGCAAGGCAAGGCUUAGCUGAAGCAUUCUUAUUACCCUCUAAGUAAUCAAUUUCAGUUAAUGCUCUUUAAGAUAUAUUGAGUUAAAUGGUUUAGUAAGCAGAUUAAUUACCUUCACUAAUCUAAGAGAAUAUAGGAAAAGUUGAUUCGAUAAAUCUAUAUAAUAAAGAUAUAUUUAAAAAUUAUUUGAUAAAAGUGUACACAGAAAAUGCAUGCGAUACAAUAUAAAAUUAUUCAUAAUAUCAAAAUGGAGAUUUUCUUUAUGAUUAGUGUUCUACUGUAGGCAAAGGUAACCUACUAAGAGGAUUGCUUUAUGGUGUUGUUUAUUUUAUAAGCGUUUUUAACGAGUUUUUGAAUUUUGCAUUCAGCGAUAAUGUAGAAGAGUUUCAAUAAAAAUUUAAUUAAUAUAAUUUAAAUACAUCAGCUUAUAAAUAAUUCUAAUUUAGAAUAGAAUUAUCGAAAGCUCACGAAUACCUUAUGAAUUUUUUUUAAGACUAAAACCUUUAACUAUACAAUUUUUAUGAAAAUGUUGCAAUCAUUUUAGUGGUUGUUUAAAUGCUUUUUGUGGUUUUGGUGUUCUUAGUAUGCUGGUACUUUUAUAUAAAAAAAUUAAAUUAGCUAAUUACUUCAACAAGAUAGCUAUUAGAUGUUUUUCCACAUAAAAUAAUACUAAAAAAUACAUAUAUUAUGUCCUAUUUAAGAUAAAAUGAAUGA